UGUUUUGACCCAUUUUUAUCUCAUCUUCUCAUUACAAUACGUGAUCGCAAUUAAUCAACACAUAAACGGGUGUUACUAAGGCUGUCGACCAAUCAUUGAUUUUUUAUGCGAUACAUGCCUUCUAUAAAUAGUGGGCUCGACAUCCCAUCCAUUACUAUCGAUGCGAUUCACGUUUUUCUCAUACAAUUAAUAUAUUAGACACAAGAGUUUGUCUCUGCACUGCCUGUCGAUUACAAUCAUAUUUAUAUAAUCAGCGCUUCUUAUGGACUCCGAAAGCAUUCAAUUUGACGCUAAAGUCAACGCUUUGGAGAAACUGCCCAAAGAUGUGACUCUUAAGCUCCGCCAUCAACACAUCGGAGCUUCGGUUACACUGUUUUUCAAGCAAAAUCCGCUCAAAAUCGUGAGAGGGGAGGGCCAGUACAUGUAUGAUGAGGAGGGCAACGAGUACCUGGAUUGUAUCAACAACGUGGCGCAUGUGGGUCACUGUCACCCCCACGUCGUGAAAGCGGGCGCGGAUCAGAUGGCACUCAUAUCAACAAACAGUCGCUACCUUCACGACAAUUUGGUUAUAUAUGCCAAACGGCUGACCUCUUACUUCCCGAGCAAACUCUCUGUUUGUUAUUUCGUGAACUCCGGAUCGGAAGCCAAUGAUUUAGCCAUUCGUUUGGCGAGAUGUCACACGAAACACAAGGAUGUUAUUGCAUUGGACGGCGCGUAUCACGGCCAUCUGACCACAAUCAUUGACAUAUCGUCCUAUAAAUUCAAGAAAAUCAAUGACGGAAAGCAGAAGAAGUGGGUUCACGUGGUGCCACUUCCCUGCUCAUACAGAGGCAAAUACACGACUGAUAAGCAUUCAGAGACUGAGAUCGGAAUGCUUUACGCCAAAGAAGUGCAGAAUCUGAUCAAUAACGCCCACAAUUCUGGCAGAAAUAUCGCCGCAUUUAUUACGGAAUCAAUGAUCAGUUGCGGCGGACAAGUAGUACUGCCCCACCAUUUCCUGAAGACCGCCUACAAGUAUGUGCGCGAAGCCGGUGGUGUCUGUAUCGCCGAUGAAGUCCAGGUUGGUUUUGGUCGCACCGGCAAUAUGUGGGCAUUUGAGUCACAGGAUGUUGUGCCCGACAUCGUGACCAUUGGCAAGCCUAUUGGCAACGGACAUCCGAUAGCAUGUGUUGUCACGACACCAGAAAUUGCCAAAAGUUUUGAGAACAUCGGAACAGAAUAUUUCAAUACAUACGGCGGAAAUCCCGUCUCACUGGCCAUCGCUAACGGUGUGUUAGAUGUCAUCGAAAACGAGAAUCUUAGGGAACACGCCGUCAAAGUGGGAAACUAUCUCAAGAAGGCACUCAAGGCAUACAAAGAUCAAUACCCAGUGAUCGGCGAUGUCAGGGGUGAGGGCCUGUUCCUCGGCGUCGAGCUCGUCGUGAAUCGCGACACUAAGGAACCGGCCAUUCCUUUGGCCGAGUAUAUGGUCAGCCGUUUCCGAGACGAGAAGAUUUUGAUGAGCACUGAAGGAAAGUACGGAAAUGUACUCAAAUUCAAGCCGCCAAUGGUUUUCUCUAUGGGAGACGCCGAACGCUUUCUGCAAACAUUUCAUCAAAUCCUUCAAGAAGUCUAUUCGCGAGACAAUAAACUCAGUUAUCUCUCGCAGUUAUCCCAUUCCUCGGAGUCCAGCAACGAAUCGCUCAAUUCAUUGACCGAAAGCCUGAGCAUUAAUUCAGAUGAGGACCGGAAUUAUGAGUCCAGUUCUAGCAAUAGCUCAUAGAUUCUUGUAUGUAAUAUAAGACACGAAUGUAUUGUUUUUUAAAGCAAUAUUUUUUUGUAAAAUAAUUGACUAACGAUUUAAUUCUACGAAUCGCCUCUUAAUUUCAUAUUUAAUUUUAACAAUAAGUGCACAAAAAGUUUAUAUAGUUCUUCACAAAGCGUUACAUAAAAUAAUAAUCGAUUCUUAAGAUUUCCAAAGUAUUUGUAUUCUCUCUGUUGUCUAUGG